AUUACUGAGAAAGACGUACAGACCAUAACGAAUUGUGUCUAAUACUUUAGUUAAAAUUCGCGCCAUUUUUUAAGUUCUGUGUUUAUAUUAGUGAAAUAAAAUUAAAAUAAUGCUUCGACAGUAUCUGUUGGUUAUUACAGCAAAUCUCAGCGUAUUAACGACUGGUAUGAGCUCGUCGUGGCCAUCACCAAUGCUGGUGAAACUAGCUACUGUUGGUGAAUCGCCGCUCUCACGAUCACCCACUGAUGAAGAAAUAUCUUGGAUCGUAUCUCUGGGUUUUCUCCUGGGUAUCAUUUCAAACUUCGUUGGCAGUACGUUUCUGGAUAUAAUAGGGAGAAAGUAUUGCAUAUUAGCCUGUUCAGUUCCAAAGUUAGCAAUGGCCAUACUCCUGGUCUUCGCUACAGAAGUCUGGCUCGUAGUUCUGGCGCGAACUAUUAUGGUUAUGGGAGACUGUUUAGUUCUAGUGGUGGUUCCUAUUUAUAUUACAGAAAUUGCUAGCAGAGAGCUCCGAGGUGCCUUAGGGACGUUACUACAAGGUUUCUGUUCAUUAGGAAUCUUGAUUACCUUAUCUGUGGGACCAUUUGUUUCAUAUUACACGUACAGUUACAUAAUCUGUGGAGCUAUAGCGGUGGCCACUUUGCCGAUCUUGUUUCUACCGGAAACUCCGUAUUAUUUGAUUUCUAAAGGAAAAACAGACGCAGCAUUAGAAAUCCUAACUUCCCUCAGACAUUCGGAAACAGAAGCCAAAAUAGAACUAGACGAAUAUACAAAAUCGAUAGAAGAGCACGUGGAAAUAGACAAAAUCGCUCUUUUCAAAGACAAAACGUUUCUGAAAGCUUUAGCACUCUGUAUUCUUAUAUGCGGAGGGUCGCAAAUAGUUGGAUACAAUGCUGUUAGCUUUUAUCUUCAGACGAUUUUGAUCUCAACACGAACGAACAUAAUGCCGGAAAUCGCAUCUGUCAUAAUUAGUGUUAUUCAAGUGGUUUCUAGCUUGUCUUUGACGAUUUUGACUUCGAUUUUCCAGAGAAAAUUAUUGUUGAUCACUUCGUUAUUCGGGAUUCUACUGGGUAUGGUUAGUUGA